AUGGUAAUGCGCAUAACCUUUUCUGCCUCAGAGGAACAUCUGCUUGUGUCUGUAAUAGGCUUAGUUAUUUUCGCUUUGCGAUUUGUGUUACCAAAAUAUCGCAUUAUUGAUUUACCUGGAAAACUUAGCAGUCCACUAUGCGUUGUAGUUUGGUGUGGUCUACGAAAACACGUCAGCGAAUUGCAUUUGACUUACCAAACUCACCCAUGUGAAUAUUGUGGCAAAUCUUUUUCCAAGAAGAAUACCUUGAAAAGACAUGUUAAGGCAGUUCAUUUGAGGCAGCGAAAUCACAUAUGCGAAUACUGUGCAAAAUCUUUUUUCAAUGCAGCACAUCUCCGGAUCCACAUAGAUGCGGUUCACUUGA